GUUGGUGAAGUUCGUUGACCAGCUCUUUGACGUGUCCGAUAAAAAUUGUAAACAUUGAUACACACGUGAGAUUAUUCCUGCGAUACUUUCUGUUUCUGAAUAAAUUUUCAUAGUGUAAGUCGCAAAUAUGAGUACUGUGGAAGAACUUCAGAAAAGAGUUGCUGAACUAGAAGCAAUUCUCAAAGACAAGAAUGAUUUUACAGGGAGUAAAAGAGAGAAAAUUUCAGAAAUGUCAGCGGAAGUUGUCGAUUCAAAUCCUUACAGUCGACUCAUGGCGCUGAAAAGGAUGGGCAUAGUGAAUAAUUAUGAGAAAAUUCGUGAAUACACUGUUGCUGUGGUAGGAGUUGGAGGUGUAGGAAGUGUUACCGCUGAAAUGCUUACUCGUUGUGGUAUAGGUAAAUUAAUUCUCUUUGACUAUGAUAAAGUUGAACUUGCGAAUAUGAAUCGUCUUUUCUUCCAACCACAUCAAGCUGGACUCUCAAAAGUCGAGGCAGCUGCAAGAACAUUAUCAUUCAUAAAUCCUGAUGUUGUGAUGGAAACCCACAAUUACAAUAUUACGACGAUAGAUAAUUUCCAGCAUUUUAUGGAUCGAAUUAGUGAAGGUGGGUUAAAUGGUGGAGCUGUGGAUUUAGUAUUAAGUUGUGUAGAUAAUUUUGAAGCUCGAAUGGCCAUAAACGUGGCAUGCAAUACAUUAGGACAAACUUGGUUUGAAUCUGGCGUCUCGGAGAAUGCAGUUUCAGGACACAUACAGCUCAUCAUCCCAGGAGAGUCAGCAUGUUUUGCAUGUGCACCGCCUUUAGUUGUAGCCUCAAAUAUUGAUGAGAAAACACUGAAAAAAGAUGGCGUUUGUGCAGCCAGUUUACCUACAACUAUGGGAGUAGUAGCAGGAUUCCUCGUUCAAAAUACUCUGAAGAAAUUACUCAACUUUGGUGAAGUAUCAUGGUACCUAGGUUACAGUGCCCUCAGUGACUUUUUCCCAAAAAUGAAACUACGUCCAAAUCCAACGUGUGAGGAUAGUUAUUGCCAAGCCAGGCAAAAGGAAUUCAAUGAAAAACCGAAACCUGUUGUUGCUGAUGUACCCGCCGAAACUGUAAAGGAAGUCCAUGAAGAUAAUGAAUGGGGGAUCUGUCUUGUUGACGAAACAUCUCAAGAUGCUGAACCGGAGACUAAAAAUAAUUUGGAACUCGUCGAAGGAGUGCAUGCUGCUUACACAGUUCCUGAAACAUGUCCGACGCAAGGACCCACUAUAGAGGACACUGAAGUCAGCUUAGACGAAUUAAUGAAACAAAUGAAAUCGCUCUGAUCAAGUUUCAUUACAAAGGUAGACAUUCCUUUGGAUUCACUCCACUAAUACUUCUUUGCACCCAUUCAUCCUGUUUUGAUCCAACAAGAUUAAUUCCUCAUCAUCAGUCAGUUUUCGAUUUCUAGGAAGUCCAUUUUGGUUGAGCUGCGAUUCAUCACUGUUGACAAAAAGGGUGUAGUUGGGUUUUGGGGUAAGCCCUAAUUUAAAUACUUCCAAGCAGUGUUCUUAUUUCAUCCUAAUAUGUAUGUAGGAAGUCAUUUGUGUAGGUAAGCCUGAUUUUUAGAAGCCAUGAAAAUGUUUUAUUUUGUCCUAAAGGAAAGAUAAAUUUUAUAAAGAGUAAAGAAGGCAACACUGCAAUGAAGAUCAAAAGAAGAAGUCAGAUCAGCACACUUUAUCUUUGGUGCAAUCUAUGCAUAGAGCUUGCAAUCCAGUGGCAGUUUUCAGCCUACUAGAAUCUUACGCAGAAAUGGAGUCCUACUCUCUACCAUCAAUAUUCCUUUUCCGUGCCCCGAAAUGUGUCCAAGGUUUUUGAAAAACGAGACUGGUGGUACCUAAAAUUAUAAUGAUCAUGAUAUCAUAAUCUGGUCUUUCUGUUUUUUUCAGUAUUCCAGUUUCUCCUGAAUAUCAUAAUAGUCUGUAAGAUUGACAGCCAAAA